AGGAAUUGACGUUUCAUGUGGGAAAUUUCGCACCUCUGCGCCUAUGAAUUUGCUCUGGAAUUGGCCGUAACUAUAAACUUUUAAUAUUGGUUUCCAAGAGGCCCUGAGGAGCCGCGAAUAAUCAAAUCUAGACAAAUCAAUCUUAAAACAUGACUUUGGUUGAAAACCUUCAAACGUGGAAAGAAGCUGUGGAAAGUUAUAACGAAGGUGACUUUCAACGUUCGCUCGAUAAAUUCAGAGACAUGAAAGAUUCCUCGGCAAAGAUAGCAUUUAACAUUGGAAGGACAUAUUUAUCGCUCUGUGACUUACAAGCAGCUAUACAGGCAUUUCAAGAAGUUAUUAAGAAGGAUGAACAUUUGGCUGUUGGGCAUUUCAUGUUAGGUGUUGUCAACCUGAUGUGUACAAGGUACUCAGAUGCUCUGGUAAACUUCAAUGAGACAUUUAGAAAUCUAAGAGAAAGUAAAUUUAUUGACUACAAGCAGCUGGGCAUGCGGUAUAAGUUAUAUAAGUGUGAGGUCCUUCUCAAUCGUGCUGUAUGUCUGUCCAGUCUUGGUUAUAUUGACAGUGCAGUUGAAGAUCUUCUUGCUGGGCUGCAGUGUAAAGUUGAACCACGACAUAGCAUCAUUGAUGUUAGCUUGAAUAACUUGCAGAGUGGCCAAGGCAUAGAGUUUCUUGUGAUGGAUGCAAUUUUUCAGCCACCAAAAUCCAAGACAGCAAAUUUAGAGAAAAGAGAUUAUCUAGGAAAAUUACAGGUUGUGGUUGAUAGUGGAGCUUAUGAAACAAUGGAGACCCCGUUACAUUUGAGAGGACGAAUUAACAGUAGUGCUCCUACAGCAACGUCAAAGCCUCCGGUGACAGAUGUUGGCGAAUCAUAUCGAGUACUCUAUGAUUUCACCGCACAAAAUGCUAAUGAAGUGUCUGUCAAAGCUGGUGAUAUUAUUACAGUGACUGAAACUGCUAACGACGGAUGGUUUACCAUGGUAACCAACGACUCGAGAAAGAACGGGCUAGUGCCAGGUUCCUAUGUGGAGAAAUAUAAAGAAAGAGAUGAGCCUGUUACUGAACGUCAAGCUCUUCUUACCGACUUACGAAAAAAGGAAACACGACAGUCAUUGAGAAAGGUUAAACCCCCCGUAAACAAACAACAAUAUAAACCCCUCCCUGGAGAAAGGCAUAGCAGCGUUAUCGAAAGUGAUCAUACGUAUGCCAACAGUUAUCGUGAACACCCCCGGAAAGAACGUCCAAAGACAGUAGAACUAGGGAGGUUAAAAAAAAUGAGUCCAAAACCUGUUCCAAGACUGAACCUCUUCCUACAAAAAAUGCACGCGGGUCCUCCGAAAUUUCGUCGCAAAAAUUCGUUGGAAAACAUACUAGUAGAAAAAAGUCCAAAAAGUUCGCCGCGUUUUGGAAAAAAGGGCCUUGGCUCGAAAAAAGGAGAAACGAAUAAGAAUGACGUUGAUGAUGACGAUGGUGAUUACGAACACAUUCCAGAUGUUACCGAGGUAAAACCGUAUGCUGUACAUGACGUAAUAACACCAGCAGAAAGACUAAUGUCUACAAAUGGUCGGAAAGCUCCGGAGCGGCCCACUUCCCCGCCAAAAGUAGUCACGACCAUGAAACCAUCACGUGCUUUCGCUCCUCCAACAGUUGCUCCGCGUUUUCCACGUGCUAAAUCUAUUUCUACUGUUGGCUCAAUUACGUCGACAGUGGAGGCAAAACCCACUUUGGGGUCACCGACUUUCCCAAAACCAGUUAAGAUGCCCCCUAAAGUACCCCAGUCACCGCCUAAAGGCGCCCAGUCACCAAGACGUGCUAAGAAGGAUACUGAAACUCCUGCAAAAGAGGUGUCUCGUCUCACAUUUUGGACUCGUUUUGAUCCUCAAGAUGAAUCAAGUGUAUUGCCCAACCUUCAGAAUGCUGAGAGCUUGGAGUUGUCUGGUAAGGAUGGGCAAAAACCAGAGGAAAAUGAAAAGGAUAAAAUAAAGAUUGAAGAAGUCGAUAUAGUGGAAGAAACUGAGCCAAAGCGUGACGGAGUAUCUCAAGAUGUUAAGAACACGUGGUUUGAAGAUACUUUUCUUAACUCAAAACACAAGCUAAAAAAAGAAAUUCAUGAAAAACUAAGGAGUUUCCCGUGGUUGUGUGGAGCGUAUGGCCUUGCUGGUUCCAACAAAAAGAUUAACCAUCUGCAUAUUUACCUCACAGUCAAAAGAGGAAUGAAAAAAUGCGAUGUACGACGCGAUCUUGAAGAAAAAUUUAAAUGCAACGCAAAGGAAUAUUUUGAACUUAUACAAGAACCUAAAGGAGAACCAAAGAUCAAAUUCUUAGUUCGAGAUCAAAAUGGAGUAGAAGCUGAGGCACCAGAGUUCGCUACACCAGUCCAGCCAACACCAGGUGGUGGUGUAUUGGCUUGCAGUAUACAUAAUCGUCAUGAUCAUAACUACAUGCGAAUACCUGAGGAAAACGAGACGGAUUCACCUGAUGUGCAAGGAACAGGAACGUUGACUAUGUUUUGUUGUGAAAACGGACAACAUUAUGCACUUACUUGCUUUCACGUUGCUUGUGCCUCUGAUGUAACUCGUCUCGAUUUCACUUUUAAUGCGGGAUGGGAAAAAGAUUAUAAAACGAUCAAAGAGAUGCGCCGUACACGUUCUGACUAUCAAUGCCAAGCCAAAGAAAAGCGAUAUUAUUUUCAAGAACGCAAAGAAAACAAAAACAGUGAGGCCAUUUCGUUUGGGGAAGAUGGAAGUAACUAUUCAAAACUUGGUGACUUUUCGAGUUCUCAUUUUGACGAUGAAUGUGAUAUAAUGUCUCUUAAGAUUCCAAAUGACGUAAAAUUUUCUUGCAAAAUAGCCGGUGUGACUUCACCGGAUUGGAGUGAGAUAAAUGAUGAACUGUUCGAAAGAGUUUUUAAAGGCAGCAAAGAGGAUUCAGUAGACGUUCAGAAAAACGGUUUCUCCUCGGCCUUAACGAGAGGAUGUAUUGUACCUUAUGAUUUUAGUUUCAGCAAAGAAGAGGAUUCCUUAUUUGAGGAUGGAUACGUUGUCAAAGGACACGAUUAUCCUUUCUUGGAUAACGGUGAUUCGGGAUCUCUCGUUUUAUUUCAUGAUAAGAAAAAUGUAAAACAGGCAUUUGCCUAUGCUGUUUGCGAAGUGGAUGCUGAUUGGCUACCAAAGCUCAAAGAGUCAAAAAGUAGUUCCAAUGAGGGCGAUAGCGACAGUAGCAGCACUUGGAGUGAUGAAAGCGAUGACGGGGGAAUUGUCUUCCAAAAGGAAAGUGCUGACGACGUGGAUAGUGAAGAAAAGACAGAGAAAGAAGAAACUGCAGAAAAGAAGGUGUUUCCAAAUGGAUCUUAUUCAGUCUGCUUACCAUUAGAUACUGCUUUAGAAAAUCUUGCGUUUUUAAAAGCAGCGUGUUUUAAGGAUUGUGCUAAUAGCCGGCAGUAA